AAGAGCUGUACAUUUUUCAUUUUAAAAAACUGGAAUUUUGAUAAUCUAAAUUUAACUCCAGCAAAAAUAAAAUUGUGACAAGAUUAGUAACCCACAUAGAUGAGAUAGAUCAUAUUCUUCCUGACUUAAAUUUCUCUGGGUUCUUUUUCAAUUUUGUUACUUGUACAGAUGACACUCCCUUCCAAUUUGAUCAAUUUUAUUCUUGAUGAUUCUGAUUCAGAUGACGAGUUAGAAUUAACAAUAUCUACUAUUGGAGAGCUACUCAACAAAAAAAGAAAAAUAUCAUUACAUCGUGGUUCAGUUUUUGGUCGUACUUUUAUAAGGCGUAAUAGAGUUCAUGGACAUCAUAAACUUUUUCACGAUUAUUUUGGAGAAGAUCCUGUAUAUUCUUCAACUUUAUUUCGAAGGAGAUUUCGAAUGAAUCGGUCUCUUUUUCUCCGUAUUCAAUCUGCUAUAGAAGCUCAUGAUCCAUAUUUUGUUCAGAAAAGGGAUGCUGCAGGAUAUUUAGGUUUGUCUUCUCUUCAAAAAAUUACUGCUGCAUUACGUAUGCUUGCUUAUGGAGUUACAUCAGAUUAUGUUGAUGAAUAUGUAAGGAUUGGAGAAAGUACUGCUACUGAAAGUCUUAAAAAAUUUGUUAAAGCAAUUGUUUCAAUUUUUUCAGAGAAAUACAUGAGGUCUCUGAAUAAAAAUGACAUAGAUAGAUUGUUAAAAGAAAACGAAAGUCGCGGGUUCCCUGGAAUGUUAGGAAGCAUUGAUUGUAUGCAUUGGAAAUGGAAAAAUUGUCCAGUUGCUUGGAAAGGGAUGUAUGUUGGUCAUGUUCGAGAACCGACUAUAAUUCUUGAAGCUAUCGCAUCACAUGAUCUUUGGAUAUGGCAUGCAUUUUUUGGACUACCGGGAUCACAUAAUGAUAUAAAUGUUUUAGAUCGAUCUUUUGUAUUUUCAGAUCUUGCAGAAGGACGAUCUCCACCAGCCAACUAUUCAAUCAAUGGGCAUCGGUAUUCAAUGGGGUAUUAUCUUGCUGAUGGUAUUUAUCCUUCAUGGUCAACAUUUGUGAAAACAAUUCCAUAUCCACAAAGUCAUAAGCAUAGACAGUUUGCCGCAACUCAUGAGUCUACAAGAAAAGACGUUGAACGAGCAUUUGGGGUAUUGCAAUCGAGAUUUGCCAUUGUGCGAGGACCGGCACGUUUUUGGCAUCGCGAAACUCUAAAAGAUGUUAUGAAAGCUUGCAUCAUAUUACACAAUAUGAUUGUUGAAGAUGAAAGACAUGUCAGUAAUUUAGAUUAUAAUUACGAUGCAUUUGAUGACACUCCACAUAUUUCAGUUUCGCAUGACCAUACAACAAAGUUUCUUGAGUUCAUUCAACGUCAUCGACGCAUUCGGGAUAGAGAUAUUCAUUCGCAGCUGCAACAAGAUCUAAUCGAACAUAUAUGGAAUAUACAUGGGAGUCGUAUGUAAGAAGUGAUAUUCUUGAAUUUCAGUUUAUUUAUAUUUUAGUUAUUUUGAGUUUAAGUUGUAAUUUGAUGCAGAGAUUAUAGGAAUUCUGUUACAAAGUCUAU